CUUGCCUGGGCAUCAGUGUUGAAGCAGGCCCUUCACUAUUUUAACCUCACCCCAGCCGCGCAAACACUCCCUCUCUCCUCAUCACACACCUCCAACUGCGGCUUGCUCUGCGGGUCAACUCAUCCUGCGGCUUGAAUUCGCGGCUUGAAAAGAAUACACCUACAGAAGCACUGAAAAAAACCUCAUCAUGCCUUUCCCACACAGAUUUCUUCAUCAUCCUUUUGGCUUUUUGCCUCGCAGACAACCAUCUGAAGAACACAACCAUCAGAACGCGUAUCCUGACUUCCCCAAUCCAAACAUCAAUCAGGGCCAGGAGCGUUUCUACGCACGCUAUCAAGCGCACGUCCGUAGAGAGCCCGAGUCUCCUUCUCCUGAACCUCGUUCUCCUGCCACCGACCUGGCUGCUUUUCGUUACCCUGAAUCACUUGCCCCUUUCGAAUCCCCUGAAUCUGGACCGGUCAACUUGAGUCCAGAAGAUCGGUUGCUAGCUCUUGUGACCGGCCCUGAACGUGCUCGUGACUCUGAAAUCGCAGGUCCUCACCCGUUUCCUGAACGGCCUGACAACAUGAUUGGACCCAAUCCUCAGGGUGUCCCGUACACCAUCAGCUCUGAAGAAUGGUCUCUUGCUUCCAACUCUUCCAAGGAUUCCCAGGGCGUUGGUGACAUUCCUGAGGGACAGCUGUCUGCUAGACUGAAGAGCGUGGUCUCAGUUUACUCGACGGUCUAUGCUGUAGCUAAGACUGCUUUCACGAUUUUCGAGAACUAUGGAGUCGAACUUGAUGAUACUCCUGCCGGUAUCAAAUUUCAUAUUGAACGUGCUGAAGCUGAAGUCACCAGCAACUCUAUUCCUACCUUGAUCAAGACCAUCGAAGACUGCUAUUAUGUCCUGUACGCUCGCCUUGCUAUCGAAAUGGGCAACGUCCAGCUCUGUGCUUCCUUCAACUUGGACAUCCGUCGUCUGUCUGGCCGAGACACCAUGACACUUCCUGAGCCUAGUCAUCUUUACCUCAUCUUGCGUGCAUGCAAGGAAGUGCUUGAAGCACCGGAAGUUUGCAAAGUCCUCGAUGCUGAAAUCGUCAAGCAGCAUCAGGAAGAAUUCGUCCGUCGUGCCAUGGCCGAGUUCGAGCAAAAAGAACACACUGCCAACGACUUGCUAGGCUACCGUCGCUACAUGACUAGCCUGAUCGAACAGGAAGAUUCUGAAUUCAGCAGAACCUGGCGUGGACUGAACCCCGUCUACCAGAUGGCCCCAGGCGAAAUCCUUGCCAUGCUAUCCGAGAAAUAUCUCUCUGUCGAGCCCGUCAAGAAAAACAGCACCCUCGCCACAAGGGACCUCCCGUUUAUCGACCGCGAGCGUGUCAACCCCGACGCAUGGGAGCGGGAAAUAAUCUUGGACAACAGACAGGCCACCUGGGCCAAACUCGAAGGGAAGAGUGUCGGAGAGAUGCGUCGCGAGGACGAGCGGCGCCCGCUCCUUGACUAUGUCAAGGAGUGCAAGUGCAUCUGCUUCUCGUUCUGCUCCUGCGCGACGGAGUGCACCAACAACGUUGAGCGUCUCUGUCCAUGCGCUGAGCGCAUGAUGCGCAUCCUCCUGGCCGAAGGCUCCUCGCCCAGGGACCAGGCGUUCGGGCAACGGUGCGCCGACUUGGCCGCCCUCGUUUUCGAGGGUCUGGCCUCCGUCUACCGGGGAGCCCAUGGUUCAGAAAUGGCCAUGGAGCUCAAGUCGGCGCUGGACCUCUUCAAAAGAGAGGUCCUCAACGAGCGCCUGGCUGCCCUGGGGGCCAGAGAGUAGAUGUCGCCGGGGUGGGAAGGAGGAGGGGGAGGGGGAGGGGGAGGGGGAAAUCUGGGAAAAAAGAAAAUAUUAAAAUAAAAAAAAAAAAAUAUCUUCAGCAUGUGGUUGUUGGAGACCGAUUGACCCUGUCGAGACGGGGGAACUGGCCCUAAGCUGGCUCCCCCAGUGGUAGAUAGAUCUUGGUCCAGACCGAAACAGGCUACAUUUGUUAAAACCAUCCAGUGCAUCCUCGUAAGGCUCCCGUAUGUAUCGAGUGAGUAUUGCUCUUAUCGACGAUAAAUAAACCGGAGGAUGAUCGAAGUGAGAUGAGCAAGGCAGGGUUGGUGGUGAAGCUGGUGGCUCACCGAGAAGGCAUGUAGUUAGUUAGUUGACGUUCUC